CCCCUACUUCCUCACUCGCCACUCCAACACGCACCCUCGCCUCGCCAUUCGCAUGUCGCAAACUGGCGCAACAACAAGCACGCACCGCACCGCACACAUUGGCCAGAGGCGACAAAGGUUCAAUCGAGUUUGAACCUACGUCAGUGUUUGGCUGCUGGUCCUGCCUAAUCUAUGGUGGAGGCAGCUCUGCCAUCGCCAGGCAGUGCCUGCCCAGUGGACCUACAGAGCAAAAUGGGUUCUGAAGCUCAGAGGAAACUUUUCCAAAGGCGCCCGAGGGAGGCGCGUGCAAUCCUCCGAGAUGCUCUUCGACGAGAAAUCGCAGCUGUCCGCCAUGCAGUCGAGGCCUUCAAGGCUGGCAGUAUGGUUCCUCUGGAUCGCCAGGUACCAUAUGUUAACCAAGCAGUCAACAUACUUAAAUCCCAGAGCAGCGAGCUGUCACUGAAAGUAAAUACUUCCACCUCAACAGGGGAAGACAAGUUGAUGAAAGCUCAGGUGUGGCUCUCUGAUAACAAUUGUAGCCAGCAGGCUGAAGUAGCACGGCUGGCCCUGUACCUGCUGCGCACUAAAGGACGACUAUCUAAGGUUGAAAACAGUUCAGACUCUACUAGGUUUGAUAUUGGUGUAAAUCUGUACAAUUCUGAUAGCCAUGAAAUGACAAGAGAAAAACGAGAGUACCUCGCAAAUAAUGAGGAACUUUGUAUGGCUAAGAAAGUAAGAUCGCUAUGCUGUUCAAAGGAUCCUGAAUGGACUGCACGACUCUUGCAGGUCAUUGCCCCUCGCCUAGAAUGGAUUACUGUUAAUAAUAUUGGCCCAGAGCACAUGCGUAUUCUGUCAACAAUGCCAAGACUUCGCCGUCUGAGGCUCUGGUUAGCAAAUGAUGAUUUCGCGUGGGACGACCUUGGCCCUUUUCAAUGGGACGAUGAAGGACGCUUCAAUGUGGCAAAUAACGAUCCAAAAGACUCAACCAGACCGUUUUGGUUUGAGGAACUGUCUGCAGACUCAACCGCGGGCAUCGUACGACUGAAGGCGGAUAUGCCGAGGCAAGUUAUUUUGCCUCUCAUCGUUCAACAUAGGCGUACGCUGCGUGAGCUGACCCUGGAUGUUGCUUUACCACCCCAACCCGGACAAGAGUUUGAAUUUAGCAGUGUGUCUACUAGUUCUCACAGAUGAAACGCAAGAACUUUGCUGUCGAACAUCUGCUUGGUACCUUUUAAAGCAGAACUCAUGAGGGACGUUUUCAGUAACUGAUUUGACUAUUCAAAUAGGACGAAUUUUUGUGCACAUCUUGACAAAAUGCAAUUUUGUACAGGGAUGGAAACGGUAAUGAAAUUAUACUAUCGCCUUUUUGGCUCCUGUUCAAGAGCUAUGCGACUUAAUUAACUCUCGACACCGUGCAUAGGUAGAGUAGAAAAGAAUUCAUAUGAUCCCAUCAGUGUUGUUCGCAAUAUGUGCUUAAUCUAGGAGUUGUGGCAACUUUUAUCUGAGAAAUUAAAUUACCGGCACCCUAAUAUAAUUUCUUGCGAAAAAGUGGCCACAUCUACCCAGAAAGGCAAAUAUUGUGGGCAACUCCGUUUGGCUGGGAUAGAGCCUUUUCUAAUCCAAAAGUUCAUCAAGGCCCAUAGCUUUUGAACAGGAGCCGCACUCUGAAAGGGGAGGGACAAUUUCUGUACCUAAGUUAAGAUGUGUCCUUGUGCACAUCUUCAUCAAAUACAAAUUUGCGCAAAUUUGCCUGUACGGAGGAACAAAUUAUAUUGAGGCUAGGUACAACUGCUUUAUAUUGUAUGUAACGUAUAUACGAGUUUGUACCUGAUUUAAAUGUGCUGAAAUACAUCUAGCCUACGUACAAUAAUUGUUCCUCGCCAUUCAGUGUGUGGUUGAAAGAUGUGCUUAAAAGUACAUCUUUCUAGGGGGAAAUGGCCCUUCACUUUAAGUGUGCACACGCUAAAUAUGAAGGGAUUUGUUUGUCCCUUGAAAGUGGCAUUUUCGAAAUGCAAUGUGUGGCACAAAUGACAAAUGUGCAUCCUUCCUUGCAAUGGUCAAAACUAAAAUGUGUCCAUUACGAGGGUCCAUAGUUCACAACAAAUUCCAAUGGCCUUUUUUGUCCACAGCAAGAUGCGUUUUUAAGCAUAUCUUGGCAGGAUGCAUUUUUACACCUUGCAAAUGACAAAUUUGCUUCUUAUCGGUGGACGAAAGUAAAAAUUGUCCAUGAAUAUGAUGCGAAUUUGUCAUUUGCAGGCUCAGGAAAAGCUAAUGUUACCGAGGUAACGUUUCUUGACACAACCAAACCAGGUAACGUUUGGUGAUGCAACCAGUUUGUGAUGGCCGUAUCCUUUUGCAUGGGGUAGGUUGCAUCAGGAAACGUUACCGGGCUGCUUGGUCACAUGAUCACUGUAAAAAUUCUUUGUCACGAUGACGAAAAUACCAUGGCUAAUUUUUAGUACAGGGCUGUCGUCACGAAUUUUCUCGUCACGAUGACGAGAAAACCUUAAUCAUGUGACGAAGAAACCCACGACGACACCCCUGUACUAAAAAUUAGCCAUGGUAUUUUCGUCAUCGUGACAGCAUUUUUACUGUGAUGAAACGUUACCAUGGUAACACUAGUUUUUCCAGUGAGGUGUUAAAAUGCACCCCGUCAAGAUGUGCUUAUAAACGCAUCUUGCUUGGGCAAAAGAAGUCCAUUGUACUUUAGUGUGUUGUCACUGGCAGGAUUCAGAACUGUAUCUGGUGCACCAAAAAAGUGGGACAAAAUAAGUCCUUUCAGAUGACGUGUGCAGACGGAAUGUAUUUGUUU